AUGAGGACGCCAUGCCAGUCCCGGUUCGCCGCUCCACUCGCCGCCUCGCCCGCCCGUCCUCUGAAGCUCCAGCGGACGGCCUUCAGCCUCAGCCUAGCGUCGGACCUCGGGGCUGCAGCGAGCGCAGGCGAGAGCUCGCUAGGCGCGGCCCCUGGCCGAGAGCGCCCCGCGGGAGGCGGCGUUGGAAGGCGCCCGCCCUCUUCGCCCAGCUCUGACUUCCUCUCAUCCCUCGGCAGAGCUCUCGAUGGGCCUCUUGGACGGCUCGAGCCGAGAGCCUCUGUGGCGACGCGGCGGCGGCGCUGCGUGUUCUUGCGGCGCGUGCGCAGUCUGCCCGCGUGCAGCGUCUGCUGGUGCGGCGUACGCCGGCGCCAAGGGCCUACCCGGGCUGCGGUCUUGUCGGUGGCAGAAGUCCGUCUUGCUUGCGACAGCGGUGUGCAGGCGUGGGCUUCUUGUUGCGCGCGUUUGCCCCAUCGUUCGCAGACUGGUCCAUGCAAGGCCCGACGUGGCUGA